AUGACUACGAUCGAAUAUCCUUAUAUACCAAAAACGGAGGUACCUGAAAUACAAUAUGAAGAAUUUAAUGGUGCAAAAUUCGGAUAUAUGUUAUGGCCUGUACAAAAUUUAGAGAAUAUUACCACCAAGAGUAAUAAUAAUAAUGAUGAUGAUGAUGGUGAUGAUGAUCAAACACCAAAUAAUCCGAUUAAAGGUCGUGUUAUUUUGAUCCAUGGAUUCGGAGAAUAUACCAAACUUCAGUAUCGUCUAAUGGAUCAUUUAUCAUACAGCGGAUAUGAAUCCUUUACAUUUGAUCAAAGAGGUGCUGGGGUUACUUCACCAGGUAAACUUAAAGGAUUAACUAAUGAAUACCAUACAUUCAAUGACUUAGAUCAUUUUCUUGAAAAAAAUCUUCAAGAAUGUCAAGAAGGUAAAAUUCCAUUAUUUUUAUGGGGUCAUUCUAUGGGUGGGGGUAUUAUUUUGAAUUAUUCAUGUAUGGGGAAAUACAAAGAUCAAAUAAAUGGAUAUAUUGGUUCAGGACCUUUGAUCAUCUUACAUCCACAUACUGCGCCAAAUAAAGUUACACAGAUAUUGUCACCCAUUUUAGCUAAAUGGUUACCUAGGACUAAGAUUGAUACUGGUCUUGACUUAGAAGGUAUUACAACAGAUAAAAGAUACAGAGAAUGGUUGGCUAAUGAUAAGCCUAUGAGUGUACCAUUAUAUGGAACAUUUAGACAAAUCUAUGAUUUUUUGGAACGAGGAAAAAAAUUAUAUAAUAAUAGAGAUGACUUUAUUGGUAAGAACUUCAAUAAGGACACUCCAAUUUUGAUUAUGCAUGGUAAAGAUGAUACGAUUAACGAUCCAAAGGGUUCCAAAGCUUUCAUUGAAAACUGUCCUUCGAAGGAUAAACAGUUGAACUUAUAUCCGGGAAUGAGACACUCUAUUUUCUCUUUAGAGACAGAUGAAAACUUUGAGAAAGUCUUUGCCGAUUUCAAAAAAUGGUUGGAUGAUCAUGUAACGAAAUAA